AUGACUGAAGACGAUGAUGAUGAAGAAGUUACUACAUAUAAAUAUGAAAAUCGGUAUAAAAAAGUUGACUUCGCUGCAAGUAUAGGGAAAAUUGAUCUAAUUAAAUUAUUAAUUAAAUUGGGAGAAAAAGGUACAGAUAGUGCAAUUAAUAAUGCUGUUCAAAAUGGACAUCUUGAAGUAAUUGAAUAUUUACAUUCAAUAGGAUAUAAAGGUAAAUAUUGUGCAAUUAAUUAUGCUGCAAGAAGAGGCCAUCUUGAAGUACUUAAAUAUCUACAUUCAAUAGGAUAUAGAGAAACAGAACAAGCAAUUAAUAAUGCUGCAGAAAAUGGACAUCUUGAAGUACUUAAAUAUUUACAUUCAAUAGGAUAUAAAGGUACAGAUAGUGCAAUUAAUAAUGCUGCAGAAAAUGGACAUCUUGAAGUACUUAAAUAUUUACAUUCAAUAGGAUAUAAAGGUACAGAACAAACAAUUGAUUAUGCUGCUGGAAGAGGACAUCUUGAAGUACUUAAAUACUUACAUUCAAUAGGAUAUAAAGGUACAGAUAGUGCAAUUAAUAAUGCUGUUCAAAAUGAUCACCUUAAAGUACUUGAAUAUUUACAUUCAAUAGGAUAUAGAGAAACAGAACAAGCAAUUAAUUUUGCUGCUGGAAGAGGACAUCUUGAAGUACUUAAAUAUUUACAUUCAAUAGGAUAUAAAGUUACAGAUUGGGCAUUUGAAUUAGCUGCAGAUAAUAAACAACUUGAAGUACUUAUAUAUUUACAUUCAAUAGGAUAUAAAGGUACAGAUUGGGCAAUUGAAUUUGCUUUAAGAAAAGGAUAUCUUAAAUUACUUGAAUAUUUACAUUAA